AUGGCUAUUUUUGCCUACUCGGCGCCCCCGCCCCCGCCCUACACCAAUGCUUCCUCCCCGCCCUCCACCGUCCGUGCCCCUUCGCGAUCCCGCUCGCUGAACCCGCUCCCGGUCCGCCACAGGAAUCGCUCUCUCUCCAUCCGCUCAUCCAAGAACAAGGAUGGCAGCGGGGACUCGUACGCCAGCGCUUCCAAGGCGGCCGCGCCCAAGCAUCGCUUCACCAUGGCCUCGCUGCGGGGGAUGCAGCAGCCCGAGCUGUCCAAGCGGCUGUACAAGCUGAUCAAGUCGGAAAACCACGCCAUCAGCGCCCACGAGACGGCCGGCCGCGAGCGCUCGAGCGUCGCCGGUCAGCUGAGCGAGUGGGGCGAGGCCACGGGCGACGAUGCCGUGUCCGACGUCAGUGACAAGCUGGGCGUACUGAUGGCCGAGAUGGCCGAGCAAGAGGACAUGUUCGCCCAGAACCUGGAGGAUUACAGGGGCGUCUUGAAGCAGAUUCGGAACACCGAGAGUUCGGUGCAGCCGAGUCGCGAUCACAAGGCGAAGGUUGCGGAUGAGAUCGCGAAGCUCAAGUACAAAGAGCCGUCCAACACCAAGAUCGUGCAGCUGGAGCAGGAGCUCGUCCGUGCCGAAGCUCAGUCCCUUGUCGCCGAGGCCCAGCUCACCAACAUCACCCGCCAGAAGUUCAAGGAAGCCUACGACAUCCACCUCGCCGCCGUCAUCGAGCGCGCGGAGAAGCAGGCGAUGCUAGCCAAGCACGCGCGCCGCGUACUCAACCUGCUCGACGACAGCCCCAUCGUGCCGGGCGAGACGCACCCGACGUACGGCAGCGAAUCCGCGGGCCGCGACAUCCUGAACGACGCCGAGGACGAGCUGCGCGCGUGGCAGCCGCGCUACGAGCCCAUCACCUCCAACGCCACCAGCCUGGGCUCCAACGCCAUGCCCACCACCAGCAGCGUCGGCGGCGGCGGUAUCGGUAUCGGCAGCACCGCUUCGGAGUAUGCUGCUGCUGGCGGUGAGGUCCAGCAGAGUCCUGUCGAGGGUGACGUGCAUCCGGCUUAUAGGAGUCAGGUGCGUAGCGUGAGUGGCAGCUCGGCCGGCGGCGGCGAGAGAAAGCAGAACCCGCCGUAUCCCAUCAGCGAGGCGGAAUCGAGCGUUGCGGCGUAG